UCGCCAUACAUGCGCGUUUCUUUGGGCUGACGCUCGCCAGCUGCCGCCGGUACCAUCUAACCAAGCAUGCCCCCCCGGCGAUCGACAGCUAGAGGGCCAAGUGCAACACCUGUCCGUGGCGCGUCGCCCAUGAGGCGCUCAACACGAGCAAAUAGCGUUGUGUCUCCCGAAAAUGCUGUACCUCAGCGAACUACCCGGGGUGCCUCUCGACAACCAAACUUGGCCGAGAGCGGCGCCAAUCAGCCGAGAUUGCCUGAAGUGAAGAUCCAGCAAUCAUACGCUUAUGGGUCGAGCAAGACGCCUAUGUUGCCGACGCAGCUGAUCCCACGGGGAAGGAUGAAUCUGAGGGAAAUGGCCGCGACCCUUGACGCUGGUGUCGAACAAGCUGAUCAACACCUCCGAGAUCAUGCCGAAGAGGCUCACGCAAACCUCCAAAGAACAUCUCGAGGUGAGAGAGCUCAUCGGAGAGCUUCUCGAGAAAACUCUCAGGAGCCAUCUGCUGGAGUUGACGAUGUGGAGAAGAACAAGACGCAACGAGUAGCGGCCUGGGCAAGUUCACUCGAAAGCAGCCAACUCGACGAAAUACCUGAGGAGGAUGUUCCGCGCAGCAUUGCGGAUGAUGUCGCUUCCCACAAAGAUACCGACCCCUCUAGCUUCCCAAGCGGCAUGUUUGAACACAGCUACAACUAUGAACGAGGUCUUCGAAGGCCCAAUAUUACAGUUCGACAAAUAGAACAACCGUUCCUUCGUAAGGCGUUGGAUGCAUCAAAGCAGUAUGCGAGACAGUCUGGAGAGAGGGCAUCUCAGCUUGGCUCUUCACUGAUCGACUGGACGCGGCAGUUGGUAAGGGAGUGUUGCAGGGUGGUGAAGGACCUUCCACACUCAUCAAUAAUCCCGCUUUUUAUCAACCUUCUUUUCGUUAUGCUCAUGAUCGCUGCAACGAGUCUUCUUUUCUGCUACACCUAUUCUCACUUUGUCUGCGACCCUUACACAACAUCUCCGGUGGGAUUGACCCUGCAGAAGUAUUGUGGGAGCUGCGUCCGGACACCUAGCGGGCUGCUCAAUGUCACCAGCGGGAACAACGCAGAUCUGUCAAGAUUGUCUGCCACCUUGACCAAUCUCAACAACCAGAUACGGGCUCUUGAGCUACGACUGAACGACAAGAUUGACACCCAAUUCGCCAAAGAGAAGGAUGACAUGGAAAUAUUGAGACAACAACAGUCGGAAUUAUCAAAUCGCAUUGCAGGCCUGAAGUUUGCACGGACAAUGUCCUCAGGAGAUGUCGCUUCACCGGUAAUUCCAAAGAUCAAUUACUUCUCCCCAAAACAUGGAGCAUUGGUAGAGCCCCGGCUUACUUCUCCGACCCUUCUCACGCCACUCUCAUUCGGUCGCAGAGUCCUCUUGCGUUUUGUUGGUUCUACAUAUUAUCAGACACGGCAUGCCGAGACUGCUCUAUCUGCAUGGCAAGAUGUGGGUGACUGUUGGUGCUCAUCAUCAUCCUCAACAGAUCAAGAUACCAUGAGAUUAGGAGUUCGAGUUGCCAGACCAAUUUAUCCGACCGAGGUUGUGUUGGAGAAUUAUCCCGUGGCUGGGUCGCGUGCUCCCGGAGCCACUCCCAAACUUAUCGAGAUCUGGGCCGAUUUUAAACAUCUUGACAGUCAUGCAUGGGCGGCACUAGACAUCAGAUCACUGCAAGGAAACAGCCCAAUUGGGCCGAGCUGGGGCAUGAUUGGGAAGAUGGCGUAUGACGCUUCGAAAGAGGCAGCUCAUGUUCAAGCAUUCAGGCUCGAUGUGAAUGAGAAUUCAAAUGUCUAUUAUGCGCAGAUGUUCGUGGUACGGGUAGUUUCGAACUACGGAUCAGACUUUACAUGUCUCUACAGAGUUCGAAUGCAUGGAGUUGAGCUGGAUGAACAUUUGACAGAAAAGUCAGCUCAGGUUUGAGUCUGGCGGCAUUCAGUCUGGCUGCAUGAACGACAUUAACUUGGCUCUCGACUCUCAACUGCCACUGUAUCCUACGAGGAAGAAGAGGAUUUGCGGUACUCCCUAAAUCACCAGGUUUGAUGAAAGGUCGUCCUGUGGGAGUUACUGCGCACGUGACCGGCUGUGGUCAUACAACGUACCACCUUCGAAUUUUCUAACCUGACUUCUCUUCCUACAUCUUCUUCCCAUAAGGGUCCCUCCACCAAAUCGACUGGGAAAAGUGUAAUUAUCAAUACAGCCCUUUGGACAUCGAUUUUGGCGACCAAGCUCGAAUUACCUGGAUGAUUUCCUCUCUGCAGCCUAAACGGCCACAGGCUACCAGUUCUGGAGGGGACAAGAAAUUCAAUUUGCUUCAAACAGGCUCACAACACCAAGUGAGACAAUCUUCAGAGUCAACAGCAAUACGAGAACAUGGGACGAAAUCUGAGAAGUCGCAGCUUGGAUCUAGUGACGAGGCAAAAGUGCAGUGAAGGAGGGUGUUGUGGAGCAUGAGACUCAGGAAUUCAAGGUUGCAAGACUUCAGGCUAGCUGGAGAGGCAUGCGACUAGCAUCAAGACCUCCUUGUUUUUUUGAAUGUCACUGGGUUUGGCUCUUCGUGGUGUAGUGCAGACCGAUCACGAUAGCAAAAGAGUGAGAGAAGCAGCUGGAAGUAGGACGGUCAGUGUAAGAUCACAGCUUUUUUCUCAAGAACCAUACAUUCUACUUGGGUAUUAUGGACGAAAUGUCCAUUAGCCAAAUAUGAUCAUUCUUCGUUGAACAAA